CGCUCCGCGGCGGCACCCAGGCAUUUGUACGGCGCGUCCGUCCUGCGCUGAACCGCAGGGCGCGUUGGAAGAGGGGGGCUCCCAGACAACGGGGGCCGGCACCCUGCGCGCCCCCGUUAGCUUUAGGUAGGGCAUUGCGCUCUUUGGCUGAGGGCACUGACCUUCAGGAUAGGGCCGGAGCUGGAUACUCUGAGUAGGGAUUCGCGCUUCCGAAAGCCAGAACGCGGCACAAAGACGGUGCGGGCAGCGACUCGGUGUCGCUGGGAGGUGCAAGGCACGCUGGCGGCGGGUAGCCCCAGAGCGAUGAGAAGCGUUCUGGGGACACGACAGCUGGAGAGGGACUAUCGGCGAGAGAGGGCAGGGGACAAAGGCGCUGCCGCCAGCAGCGAGCGCAGGCGGUCACAGGGACUUCUGGCCGCUAACAGCACCUCUGAGAAGCGCAUUUUACCCAUGGAAGAGGUGAAUUAGGCAGCAGCGUAUGGGCCUCGGCCGCCCUCAUGCAACGCCACAUCCCACAACGAUUUGUAGAAAGAGAUGGGACAACGCAUACUUUGCAAAGAACAAGACUUUGCAGAUGGAAAAAAUAAAGGCACGACUGAAAGCAGAAUUUGAAGCCCUGGAGUCUGAGGAGAGGCACCUGAAAGAAUACAAACAGGAAAUGGACCUGCUGCUGCAAGAGAAGAUGGCCCAUGUGGAGGAGCUGCGACUAAUCCAUGCUGAUAUUAAUGUGAUGGAGAAUACUAUCAAGCAGUCUGAGAACGAUCUCAACAAGCUCUUGGAAUCUACUCGUCGCUUGCAUGAGGAGUACAAACCCCUGAAGGAGCAUGUAGAUGCUUUGCGGAUGACUCUGGGAUUGCAGAGGCUGCCAGAUCUAUGUGAGGAGGAAGAGAAACUGUCCCUUGACUACUUUGAAAAGCAGAAAGCAGAAUGGCAGACAGAACCACAGGAGCCUCCCAUCCCAGAGUCUCUGGCUGCAGCUGCAGCGGCUGCCCAACAGCUGCAAGUGGCUAGGAAACAAGAUACCAGACAGACAGCAACUUUCAGACAACAGCCACCUCCAAUGAAGGCAUGUUUAUCGUGUCACCAACAAAUUCAUCGAAAUGCGCCCAUAUGCCCGCUCUGCAAAGCAAAGAGCCGAUCUCGGAAUCCCAAAAAGCCCAAGAGGAAACAGGAUGAAUGAAACCCAGAAGACUGACAAGCAAACAUGUGACCUGUUCCAGUACUCUUCCAGUAGAACUGCAAAUGUGGCCAGACUUUACUGAAGUGCAGACUCAAGUAUGACCGACCCAUUGUUUUCUAUUUAAUGCAAUGUAAGCACAAUGUUCCUGUUCUGUCUUAAUUUCCUUCCAGUCCUUAGGAUUUGGUUUUAGGAAAGUAAGUAUUACUGGUGCUACAGUUUAACAUUUCAAUCAUUCCAUCUUCUGGACUCAUAAACAAAGUAGAAUUCUUAGGCACGUAUCCUAAAUGCCAGGCUAUUCCUAUUAGCCAAAUGCGAUUACCACAAAUGCUUUUAUGUUGUCUUUUUAAAAACAGAUGUUACUAAAAGAUUAUUCUGUUUUCUCCUGGUAACAGGAGACUAUUUGAAGUGCUGAAAUAGCAGACUGUCUAUUUCACUCAAGAACAAUUUGUUUACCAAGCUAGUAAGACUGCAUAGGUUUGGGUAUCCAGUAGAGCUCUUUUUAUACAGGAAAUGUUCAGGGGAAAAAAAGAAAUUGGUUUUACAGGAAAUCAGUGCAUUAAGGACACACGUGAGAUUUGAUUUACUGGAGUUUGAUUGUACCAUUCCCUCAAACGACUUAAAAUUUGGAAGGGGGAAUCAAGUUGCUGGCUGUGUAUGAAUUUCUAAAAAUGAUGUAAUUUGUAAUGCUUUAAUGUCUUAAUAUGGUAUUAUUUUCAGCAGUCAGAAGACUGAUUGACUGAAGUACAAGGCUCAAAUGAACUGUAUUAGUGGUCCGCCUAGGCUCUAUGGCCAACCAGCUCACUGUGGUUCUCUAGGAAACAUGCAUGAAAUAUCUCAAACCUCUAUGUGCACAGACUGCAACAUCAGCCAUUCUGCACAUCUUCUAUUCCUGGUUUCUACAGCCAAAAUCUCCCUUGGCAGACUUACCCUCCACUGGAGCACAGGGAAGUUCUCUAACAUGCACCAGGAACAGUGUCAACUAAAAAUGAUGUAUUUCACCACAGCUGCCUGGCUUUGGUGUCAUCGUCCUCCCUCAACCAAAACUUCCUAUUUUUGUAUCUUUUAAUAGGGCAUUGUCAAGUAAGCUUUAUUUCAGCCCAGUUUUUUCUUCUUGCUCUCUACAUGUGCCAAAAGUACCCUGACUAAAGGAUCCUUCAGACCACUCCCUGUAUGCGUGUCUUCCCUUUGUUUCACCUCAUGUAACAACAGUUCCUCCAAUGGGGACAAUGGCAGUGACCCAGCUACAGAACCAGGGCUUAAAAUUUACUAAUUUCUAAUCCCAGUUUUUUUACUGACUUUGUUGAUUAAAUUGAUCUCAAGUAUUAAAUAUUCUUUUCACUAACUUCAGGAGGCAGGGACUGCUGGUUUACAUUCUUCUCUCUGUAGCCCAGGUUUUCCUCUACUAUUAUGCUGGAGUGGUUAUACUGAGAACUUUGCCUGUUAAAUAGGAAGAACAGGGAAAACCCAAGUCCCUGCUCAGAACUUUGCUAAAUACUGGGGAUUGUAGAAAUCCACAUAAACCAAUUUUGCUGGCCAAGUCACGUAUGCUGCCAUUAAUUUCCCAACUCCGCCACAAAGUACGCGAAUAUGUUAUUGAAUAUAGUCUUGUAAUUUAUGCCAAGUUCAGCUGGUAUUCUCCCAUUUUAAUGUUUCAUAGCCAAAUAAACAUCUGUCAACAGCAGAGACAGAAUGUGGACCAUGUGCCCCUGAAAACAUGUGAAGAGCGGAUUCUGCUACUUGAAUUACUGGGAUUCAGUCUCUGUGAGACAGCAAUAACGGAGGAUAGUCUGACCCCGUGCUCCAAAUGGCAGUAGUGCGCUAAGUCUAUUGUUAUGCAUGUUUCCUAACACAAAUACUGGAUUCUACUUUUAAAUGUCAAGAGUGGCCAUAUGCUGUGUGCCCUGUUCAGAGCAAUUCCUAUUAGGUUUAAGGGAAAAUGCACACAGGGUUAAAGGACAGUAUAUAAGCUCCCCCAAAGUGCACGCAUAAGAGCAGCAUACUUUGACAGCUGUACAUAAAUUUAAGAAGUAGUGACAAUGGAGAAUGGGCAAAUGGUCUGCAAUGAAGUAGUGCGAAUAGAAGGAUAGAUUUGUAGAAACUUCGACUUACAGUUCUGAAAUAGAUAGGGUUAGUCAUAGCUGCUCUCACUUCACUGUUACUUUGCCAGGUUCAUUCUUUCUUGGGAGAUCUCUAGAGCUCUAAACUGAAGUAUGCUUAAGGAAAACCGUUUACUAAUUUAGUAUGGCAGUUUCGUAUUCUUACUUUUAUAAACUAGUCUCUUGUGCCGUGUUUAACAAGUUUUUUUUAAAAAAAAGAAAAAAUGUGAAUAUGACAUACUGUGUUUGUAUCAAUAAUGUACUAGCGUUUACAAAUCUGUUUUCACAAGUUCUGCCAUAUGAAUAGCAUGAAUUGCUGAGGAUGAGUCUAACCAAGUAUGAGUCAACAGUGUGCCCUGGCAGCCAAAAGGGCCAACUGUGUCCUGGAGCGCAUCGAGCACAGCAUAGCUAGCCAGUUGAGGGAGAUGAUUGUCCCACUCCACACUGCACUGGUGCAGCCUCGAGUACUGUGUGCAAUUUUGGACGCCUCAGUGUAAGAAGGACAUCUGACUAUUAGAAUGUGUCCAGAGGAGGGUGACCAAGAUGGUGAAAGGCCUCAAGGACAAGAUUUACGAGGAGCAGCUGAGGUCACUUGGUUUGUUCAGCUUGGAGAAGAGAAGGCUGAGGGGGGACCUCAACGCGGUCUACAGCUUCCUCAAGGGGGGACAGCGGAGGGGGAGGUGCUGAUCUCCUCUCUCUAGUGACCAGCAACAGGACACAAGGAAAUGGAAUGAAGCUGCAUCAGGGGAAGUUCAGGUUGGACAUUAGGAAAAGAUUCUUCACUGAGAGGGUGGUCAAUCAGUGGAACAGGGUCCCCAAGGAAGUGGUCACGGCACCAAGCCUGUCAGAGUUCAGGGAGCAUCUGGAUGAUGCUCUUAGUCAUAUGGUUUAGUGAGGUAGUCCUGCGAGGAGCAGGGAGUCGGACCUGAUGAUCCUUAUGGGUCCCUUCCAACUUGAGAUAGUCUAUGACUCUAACUAUUUCAAGGAGACAAAAUCUGUAUUAUGCAUUAAGGGAUCCUGGGGGUGGGGGGAGGGAGGGAAGCAGUAUCUUUCAUAGGGAACCAGUAUUCUCCUUUUCUCUCUCAGAUUAAUUAAGGAAUUUUAACUGAAGAGCUCUUCUUGUGACAGCCCCAGGCCCUUUUCUCCCAGGCACCUUUCUCAAGAGACUAGAGGGAUAAUUAUGAAAUAUUGAUUUACUGUUUUUUUAGGCAGAAGAGGAAGCUGUCUGAAGUACAGUUCUUACCACAAGUCUACUGCAGUUUUGUUCCAUGGAGCAACAAUGGCCUCCUCCUUUGUACCUAAGGUUCUUUGAGAAUACUUCUUCACUUGGCUUAAAUUCAUUCUUAUUUGGGUUAAAUUCUCUUAAUAGCCACAAAGAGAUGCUUCUCAAAGCUUUCAAGACUUUUAUAUUACUAAAGUCUUGUUUACCCCGGCUUUGUCAUUCGCUUUUCAAUGGGCAUUCAAGAGACAACAAAAUCACUGGAUUCUUUUGUUAUAGAUGGUUUCCAGGGUCUUUUCCUGGUUCCCCACUCUCCUCAAAGGAUAGUCCUGUUGUUCUGCAACCAAAUGGAAAAAAAAAAAAAUCACAAGCCUCUCCCCCUGCCCCCCACCUUAAGGUCAUGCUAAAAGGAUGUGAACACUCUAUUGUGUCUAAAGCCUUUGCUGUAGAAAUUUUCAUACCCAAGCUGGGGUAGAUCAGUUGUUCAAACUUCAGUGCCAAGGACCCCAUUAAUUAUAGAGAAAAUGUAAGCCAAAUUUUAAUACUUGCACUUCCUGAAUUCAAUUUCAGCUUUCUAAACAGGACACUGACUGAACCUGCCAGUGGCUUCAAGUUACAGAAUCUAAUUUUGAAAGAAUAGCCAUUGAUGUGUUACUCUAAAUAGCAGACAUUCAAGAAAUUAAGACUUUACUAGCACUUUAAAUAAAUAAAAGUGCUUUCCUUUAUUUUACAGUUUUCUAAUUCCUCCGACAUAGGUUUUCAUUUUAGCAUUUAGGUAUUUUAGCAAUAUCUGGCAUUUUCACUGGCUUCUGUGUUUUAAAUAUUUUACUCCUGUGCCCAGUAGGAGUAAGAGUGUGCUACCUGUUUAAUUUGUCUGUACAGUCCUUUUUAAUAAAUGUUUGUUUCAUGUCA